GCAUAAAAGGGCUCAUUGCAGCAAACCUUUUUCUGAUACAGCUCACUGGGAGGGAGGGAAAGCAGAGCAGAGGAAAGAGAAGGGGAGAUGCAAGCCACCCUAGCUACUUUUACUCCCCUUUAAGGCUGCCUGGUUACGGUCCUGGGAAAGAAAACCCCUGCAUUCCUCCCCUUUAAUUGGGUUUAUUGUUAAAGCACUGGAGCAGCUAAUCCUCACAGACCUGUAGGAGCAGGAGUGGGAGCGCCUAGAGCACCGACCGUUCUUCCGUGUCCUGGCAUCCCCAGAAGCUUCAACUCUGGAGGCGAUGGGUCGAAAGGAAGAAGAUGACUGCAGUUCCUGGAAGAAACAGACCACCAACAUCCGGAAGACCUUCAUCUUCAUGGAAGUGCUCGGGUCAGGAGCAUUUUCGGAAGUUUUCCUGGUGAAGCAACGGGUGACUGGGAAGCUCUUUGCCCUGAAGUGCAUCAAGAAGUCACCUGCCUUCCGGGACAGCAGCUUGGAGAAUGAGAUUGCUGUGUUGAAAAAGAUCAAGCAUGAGAACAUCGUGACCCUGGAGGACAUCUACGAGAGCAGCACUCACUACUACCUGGUCAUGCAGCUUGUUUCUGGAGGGGAGCUUUUUGACCGGAUCCUGGAGCGGGGCGUCUACACAGAGAAGGAUGCCAGUCUGGUGAUCCAGCAGGUCUUGUCAGCAGUGAAAUACCUCCAUGAGAAUGGCAUCGUCCACAGAGACUUAAAGCCUGAAAACCUGCUGUACCUCACCCCUGAAGAGAAUUCGAAGAUCAUGAUCACAGAUUUUGGUCUGUCCAAGAUGGAACAGAGUGGUGUCAUGUCCACGGCCUGUGGGACCCCAGGCUACGUGGCUCCGGAAGUGCUGGCCCAGAAACCCUACAGCAAGGCUGUGGAUUGCUGGUCCAUUGGCGUCAUCACCUACAUAUUGCUGUGUGGGUACCCUCCUUUCUAUGAAGAAACAGAGUCGAAGCUUUUUGAGAAGAUCAAAGAAGGCUACUAUGAGUUCGAGUCUCCAUUCUGGGAUGACAUUUCUGAGUCAGCCAAGGAUUUUAUUUGCCACUUGCUGGAGAAGGACCCAAAUGAGCGGUAUACCUGUGAGAAGGCCUUGAGGCACCCCUGGAUCAAUGGAAACACCGCCCUCCACCGGGACAUCUACCCAUCUGUCAGCCUCCAGAUCCAGAAGAACUUUGCCAAGAGCAAGUGGAGGCAAGCCUUCAACGCAGCCGCCGUGGUGCACCACAUGCGGAAGCUCCAUAUGAACCUGCACAGCCCCGGCACCCGCCCUGAGGUCGAGAACCGGCCACCCGCCAUGCAAGCCUCAGAAGUCUCUAGACCCAGCUCCCCUGAGAUUACCAUCACAGAAGCACCAGCCCUGGACCAGAGCGCCCCACUCCCCACACUGACCCAGAUGCCCUGCCAGCACGGACCUCAGUCUGGGGUCCCCGGUGGCAGGUCCCUCAACUGUCUGGUCAAUGGCUCCCUCCGCAUCAGCAGCAGCCUUGUGCCCAUGCACCAGGGGCCUCUAGCCACUGGGCCCUGUGGCUGCUGCUCCAGCUGCCUGAGCAUUGGGAACAAGGGAAAGUCUUCCUACUGCUCGGAGCCCACACUCCUCAAAAAGGCCAACAAAAAACAGAACUUCAAAUCAGAGGUCAUGGUGCCAGUUAAAGCUGGUGGCAGUUCCCACUGCCGGGCAGGGCAGACUGGGGUCUGUCUCAUUAUGUGAUCCCUGGAGUCCAGGCCUGUGUUACUAUAGUUUUCAGGGAACAUGUCCAACUCUUCUCUGCCCGUCCAAACCUGGCAUCUACCCUGCAGAGGGCAGAAGGCCAACAAGUGGCGCAGGGCCUGGCAGGAGGGGGCUCUGAACUGGAACAGCAACCUGCCGCUGCCUGGGGGGCAGACCCUCACAGGGGGCCCCAGAGGAAGUCCCAAGACCUGAGGAGGCUCCUUGAAGCUGUGGGCAGGAGGAUCGGCAUCUGCCGGCUUCCAGGUCUCCCUGACCUGUCUGCUCUCUGCCCCUCCAUACACCCUACGUGCCGUGGCUCUGUGCAGUGUGCGGAGAUAGUGCUCGCCUGGGUCUGUAUUGUUUGUCGUGAAAAGCUUAGUGGACUGGCCAGGCUGUGCCACCUUCUCCAAGCAAAGCCAUAUGAAGCCUCUACUCAGACUCCCCACUCUGCACACACUCACGCCUGCCUCAGACUGGGCUCAUUGUCAUAACUGCCUGCCCAUCUGCAUGAACACCAGGCAGCUCCCAGCGGGGGGCCUCAAAGCUCUAAUCCUUAACUCCAGGAUUAGCUCCCCACUGCACUGAGACCCGCCAGCCCACUCCCAGAACAUUUCAGACCCUCCCCUGGCCCCCGCCUCAAUCUCAAUCCACCCUUCAAAGUGGACUAGAAAGAAAUCCAUGACUAGGGGCUGCAAGGACCCAUCACCCUGGCCACACAUCCCUAAUUAAGUACACUGGAAGCUGACUAUUUUCAUUUCAGCUAGGAGUUCCAAUCCUGCCUCCCUGGAAGUCCGGUGCAUCGUUCUUGUCCUUCCAUAGUUUUCUCGCCCCACCCCCUCCAGCUUCAUGCUCCUUGUUGUGCUCAAUAAAAUGGACAUAUUUUUCUCUACAAA